CGCCGUUUUCCUCCUUCGAUUCCCGGCAAAUGGAACAUUUUUUCUCUCAAAACCUUCAAUUUGUACUUUUAUUUACAGUCAAAAUUAAUGCUUGACUCACCUUCGUCCUUGUCUUCCAUUCAAUCAUCAUCUUCUCAACUGCUGUCCUCGAUUCUUUGAUAUAGAAUACGAUCACUUUUGUGGUCGAUUCCACCAUGAGGUUCCCUUCACAGAUCCACAUCACUCGCCGGAGAUUUCCCUUUUCCGGAAUUCCGCCUCCGAAGUGCCACCACCAUCACCAUGCCGCAUCCAACGUUUUCCUAUUCAAUCUCAAUCAAACCUCCCAAUUUCACGGCUACCCUUUUCGUUUCCUGGGCUCUCGACCCGUUUCCAGCAAUACCCAGAAAUUCUCUUUCCUGCCUAAUUCGGGAUUUGGCCUGUCCGGCACCUUCUCAGGGCGUAUCUUCGAAUCCUUCGUCGCACCAGCAGUAAGGUAUCUCUCGACGUCGGUCGAGACCCGUGUAAAUGAGACCAAUUUUCAGAAGAUCUAUGUGCAAAACGGCAUCGACGUUAAGCCUCUUGUUGUUGAACGAAUUGACAAAGAUGAAGGCAUUGCUGGUGAAAAGGAUUCCAGGAUUGAAGUCCCUUCUGAUGACAAGGUUGUGAACAAGGAGGAUAUUGAGGGGAUAAAUGGAGUCAGCGUUACUAAGAGUAAUGAAAAGGAGGAGCAAAGUGAAAUUGAGAAGGAGGGAUGGAGGCUGUUGGAGAAUGCAGUUGUGAUGUAUUGUGGGUCGCCGGUGGGAACGGUGGCCGCAAAUGAUCCCGGAGAUAAGCAGCCAUUGAACUAUGAUCAGGUGUUUAUUCGUGAUUUUGUGCCCUCGGCUUUGGCCUUCUUGCUUAGAGGAGAAGGAGAGAUUGUGAGGAAUUUUCUCCUUCAUACACUGCAGUUGCAGAGUUGGGAGAAAACUGUGGACUGCUAUAGUCCUGGGCAGGGAUUGAUGCCAGCCAGUUUUAAGGUUAGAACGGUCCCGCUUGAUGACAAUAAGUCUGAGGAAGUCCUAGAUCCAGAUUUCGGUGAAUCAGCCAUCGGGCGUGUUGCUCCUGUGGAUUCUGGAUUGUGGUGGAUUAUUUUGUUGAGGGCAUAUGGAAAGAUCACUGGUGACUAUACUUUGCAAGAGAGGGUAGAUGUUCAGACGGGCAUAAAAUUGAUCAUGAACUUGUGUUUAUCAGAUGGAUUUGAUAUGUUCCCUUCUCUGCUAGUCACUGAUGGAUCCUGCAUGAUAGAUCGACGGAUGGGUAUUCAUGGCCACCCUCUUGAGAUUCAAGCUUUAUUUUACUCUGCUCUACGAUGCUCCCGUGAGAUGCUUGCUUUGAAUGAUGGAUCGAAGAAUUUGGUGAGGGCCAUUAAUAAUAGACUCAGUGCACUGUCAUUCCACAUCAGACAAUAUUACUGGGUUGACAUGAAAAAGAUUAAUGAGAUAUACCGUUACAAAACAGAAGAGUACUCCUUGGAUGCUACCAAUAAAUUCAAUAUCUAUCCUGAACAAAUUCCUUCAUGGCUUAUGGAUUGGAUACCAGAAGAAGGUGGGUAUCUAAUUGGCAAUCUACAGCCAGCACACAUGGAUUUUAGGUUUUUUACACUUGGAAAUCUUUGGUCCAUUGUAUCAUCUUUGGGAACCCCAAAACAGAAUAGUGCUAUUUUGAAUCUCAUUGAAGCCAAAUGGGAUGAUAUUGUCGGGCAUAUGCCUCUUAAAAUAUGUUAUCCUGCAUUGGAGUAUGAGGAGUGGCGAAUAAUCACUGGCAGUGACCCUAAGAAUACGCCUUGGUCAUAUCAUAAUGGUGGAUCUUGGCCAACACUUCUUUGGCAGUUCACAUUGGCAUGCAUUAAGAUGGGCAGAAUAGACCUAGCCCAGAAGGCAGUUGCUUUGGCUGAAAAAAGGCUUCAAGUGGACCGUUGGCCAGAAUAUUAUGACACCCCAACUGGGAAAUUUAUUGGAAAACAAGCUCGACUCAACCAGACAUGGACCAUUGCUGGUUUCCUGACCUCUAGAAUGCUCGUAGAGAAACCAGAACUAGCAUCCCUGUUGUUCUUGGAAGAAGAUUACGAGCUUUUGGAGAUCUGUGUUUGUGGUCUUAGCAAAAGCGGCAGGAGGAAAUGUUCUCGUGGUGCUGCUAGGUCUCAGAUUCUUAUCUAAUAGAGAAAACCACUCUUUUCCCUUUCAAAGGCAGAAGGCCUUUGUCCUGAACACCCAGAAGCUUAGCUUAGGACAAUUAGAAAAAGCCAGAUGAAAGAUCCUAAUGUAGAAUGUAGUAGUAUACAGAAUAUGUAUGUCACAUUUUUUAGCAUACAUAGUUUUAAAGUUAGAUCCAAUCAAUUAGAAGUUGAUAGGAGUUGGAAAUUUUGGGUGAGUAGGAGUGUAAGGAGGAUUAUAUUAUGUCUCCUCCCCUCUUCCCCAGGUCAUGUAAACUGUCUGUACAUAUAUUAUUUAACAGUUAAGGAGUGCAACAUUACUAAAUUCUUGUGUUCUUU